AUGGGUACGAUCAAGAAAGAGGUUAAGCAGGCGCGGGUUGUAGAUUGGGAAAAGUACGCGGGAGAUGAUAUUGUUGGGCAGUUGCGGAAGCAGAGUAUAGUGGAAGUAGAUCCGCCCGAGUCGCUGAAGAGGCAGUGGUAUUAUAACUAUGGUGUCGGGUGGUUGUAUAACGUAUGUUGGAGUUAUUGGACGGCGGAUGUUGGGAAGGCCAUGUGGAAGGAGGUGCGGUUUGAGGAAAAGUUGUUGUUGGCGGAUAUGAAUGAGGUUGGGCCGCUGGUGAAUGGAGAAGAAGAAGGGAAUUUAUACUACCAGGUUUUGUUGCAGCUGUUGAGGACGGUUUCUCAGAAUAAACAGGCAGUUUUUGAAGACUGGGAUGUGACAAUGAAGUAUCAUUUACAAGAGGAGACUGGGCUGGAGUUUUAUUCUGGGGAUGUUAGGUUUCUGGAGUUGUCGGCGGCCGAACAGUUUGAGGUCAUCUAUAGGUUGAUCAAACUUAUAGAGCGUAAGAGUGUGGUUUUCCGGAACUACUUGUUGAACAAUGAACAUCUUUUUAAGUUUCCGCAGAUCUGGAUGGACGAGUUUACUUCGCUAUUUGUUUUACCAGGGGGCAAGAUUAUCAAGAAGCAGAUCAGGGUACCAAAGGAUUCAGAGCUGAAAAUCCCCAUCAAGUUGCGAAAUUGCACUGUAAGAUAUGAAGAUGAUGAUGGCAAGUCUUUGGAGGUUGUUCAUUACGACUAUUCCCAGGAGAUUGACUCGUACUUACAAGAUGUUAAAGUGAACUACAUGGUAGAGUCUUACAAUUGGAAGACAUUUUUAGAUUACAUUGGUUCAUAUGAGGAAGGUGAAUUUCGUGAAUUUUUCUGCAGCCUGAUUUCGUAUGCGGCUGCCAACGAGCUUUAUGGGGCCAAGUUGUGGAAUAGUCGGAUAAAGGAGAGAUCAAUGCAAGAGCUUAUAACUAGGCGUAAGCGGUCUUCCAGAUUAGUUGCGCGUGAAGAGGAAACUCAGAGGAAACAGCUGGAGAAAACUUGGAAUGACAAAUUAGACGAACGAAGUAAGUUCAUUCGUUUCCGUCAUAAACUGGUCGUCAAACGUUCCAAAAAAAUCAAAGAUGCGCUCUGGUCAUUGCUAUGGGAUAAGUUUGAAUAUGAUUCUAAAUUCGAGAAAAUUAGGAGACGUACUGCGGAUUCUGUUCCCAAUGGUGAGACAUUACUGCCUGAGUCAUCUGCAACAACUGAUCUUUUGUCUGCUGCCGAGGCGUAUGUAUUGGAACAUGGAGCCACAUACUUGUCAAAGAUCAUUACCAUCGAUAACGCUGAAAAUCCUCUCAUAAUGCAGACAGAAGAGUUACCAGAUGAACUUUGUAUCACCAAAAGCGAUUUAACAAAACUUGCAAACCAUGGAAUCCCAGUUGAUUCCUUCCAAGAGGAUAAUAAGGACUGGUAUUUCCAAUGUGUUUGUAACAUAGAAUCGGGUGUCAACAUAGAUCCUGAAAGUAAAAUAUUUAGCGGUUACAACCUCGUAUGUUGUGAUUCGUGCUUAAGAUGGCAGCAUUGGGAAUGUCAGGACAAGGCUGUGGUGGACAUUUUAUCUCGUGGCCACGAUAAACCUUUAACCGCCAAGGAUUUCUCAUUGGUUCCCAUGGGUCCUACUCAUCAACAGAGAAGAACAUCCCGCCGUGCUGCAGCUGGAGGUGAGGUGGAGCAAGAUACCGAGAGGCCUACUAUGCGCCGCAAAUUCCCAGGUGAAUCUGAAGUAUUUAUAUGUGGGUGGUGCAUUGCAAAGUUAGAGCAAGACAUACGAUCUGUAUUCAAAUCUGAACUAAUCUCUACAAGAGCUAAGCAAAAGAAACAGGCUGAGGAUAGGGAACGGCGUAAGAAGCUCAAAGAAGAAAAGAAAAGACAAGAAGAGUUGCAGAAGAAACAACAGAUGGCAGCAGUAAUGAUGAAACAAGGGUCAAUCCCUUUACCUCUCUCCUCAGUUAAUUCGGAUUCAACUUUUGAACGUACAAUUUCUUCUGGGGCGGCGCCUUCUGCUUCUAUAUACACGCAAAACGGUCAAACACCUCCUCAAAAGCAGCAACUGCAACUGCAGCAGCAGCAAAAGCAAAAGCUAAAGCUAAAGCUACAGCAACCAAUAUCACUGCUUCCACAGCAACAACAGCCACGCCAGCCACAACUAGCUUCCUGGCAGAUCCAGAGACCUCUGCAACAAAGUACAUAUCCCAGAUUAAUGAAUCCAUUGCAAAAUAUGAUUUCCUCACAUACUCCGGAACGCGAGACCGUCAUCCAAGACAAUCAAAAGCACCCUCACCAACCACAGCUACAGCUUAAGAAGCCGCGCCUCCAGGAGCCGCAUCUGCAGGAGCCGCAUGUUCAACAGCAGCCAUCGCAACCCCAACCGCAGAGCUUUCUUCCAAACCAACAACCGCAAUCAUCUCAAAACGUUGUAUCCUCUCCAAACCUCAAUAACGACUCAAGACCAACACACAGCUCUGCAAGCACUACUAGCAUAGCCAGUGGAGGCACUACGUGUUCUACUGAUACGUACCUUUAA